GCCAGUCCGUGAAUUAGCAGAUCACGUCGCCGGUUGAGAAGAAGUCCAUCGGCAUCGAUGCUUCGUCCAGGCAGGAUGGAGGAGUUUGUCACGGAGGAAGAGGAGCCGUGGUACGACCAGCGGGACCUGGAGCAAGACCUGCACUUGGCUGCCGAGCUCGGCAAGACUCUCCUGGAACGCAACAAGGAGCUGGAGGACUCCCUGCAGCAGAUGUACAUCAACAAUGAGGACCAAGUGCAGGAGAUAGAGUACCUGUCCAAGCAGUCGGAGAUGCUGAGGGAGAUGAACGAGCAGCACGCCAAGGUGUACGAACAGCUGGACGUGACGGCCAGAGAGCUGGAGAUCACCAACGAGAAGCUGGUGCUGGAGAGCAAGGCCUCGCAGCAGAAAAUAGACAGACUGAUGGGCACCAUGGAGACCUUGCAGGGCCAGGUGGACAGUCUGACGUCUCGGGUGGAGGAGCUGAGAACUCUGGAGGAGCUGAGGGUCCGCAGAGAGAAGAAGGAACGGCGUAAGACCGUGCACUCCUUCCCCUGCCUCAAAGAGCUCUGCACUGCGCCAAGGUAUGAGGAUGGUUUCCUGCUGGCCAACCCGGGCAGUGUGGACCUCGCCGAGUCUCAGCCAGUGGACGAGGAGAAUGAGCGCCUGCGAGACAUCGUCUCCUCCCUGCGCGCAGCCAUGGCCACCGAGCGGUCCAAGCGGGAGAGCGCCGAGCGGGAGUGCGCCGCUGUGCUGCAGGAGUUUGAGCGUUUGGAACAGCGCCUUUUAGGAGCGGAGGGCUGCCAGCUGCGGGUUCAGGAGCUGGAGGCCGAGCUCCACGAGAUGCAGCAGCUGAGGGUGUCCAGGAUGUGUCUGAUUGGGGGCAUGGAAGACGGCCUGGAGACGCUGCUCAACAACGGCCCGGAGACAGACACCCCAGAGGAGGGCGCGGGGCUGGAGGAAGGAGGCGAGGGGGACGCGGGGGGCGCAGGGCAGCAGGGAGGCCCAGUGAGGAAAAGCUGCAGCGACACAGCUCUGAACGCCAUCUCGGCCCGCGACGCCUCAGGCAGGCGUCAGGGCAGCUACGCCCUCCAUGCCAACGGCGUGCGCAAACGUGGCAUGUCCAUCCUGCGGGAGGUGGACGAGCAGUACCACGCCCUGCUGGAGAAGUACGAGGAGCUGCUGGGGAAGUGCCGGCGUCACGAGGAGAGCCUGUGCCACGCCGGGGUGCAGACCUCGCGGCCCGUCUCCAGAGACCCCUCCAUGAAGGAGUACAGCAUGGUCUCUGCAGUGCCCUCGACAUCGGAGGCCGUCGCCACCCCUCCCACGCCCCCCCAGACUCCCUCCACCCCGGAGGCCCUGGAGGGCAUCAGCAGGCAGGUGGAGCAGGUGGACAAACGGCUCAGCCAGAACACGCCGGAGUACAAGGCCCUGUUCAAAGAGAUCUUCUCCCGCUUGCAGAAGACCAAGAGCGACAUGAACUCCACCAAGAGCAGGAAGAGCCACAAAUGAGCCGGAGCCCAGUGUUACAGCUACUGACGCCACAGGCAGCGACUCAGCAAGCUCUCUCUUCAUUUACCUCGCUGUUUUCAAGGCGUCUCGUCCGACAUUUGACCACGUGUGGUCAUGGCGUUGGGUGAUUAAUCAUGCGUAUUGUUAGCAGUGGACGCCUCUGUUCGCUCUCUAGCACCGAAGCUCGGCUGAUUAAUUUAAAACUGCCAAAUGUUCUAUUUCUCUACGCGGAUGGAAGAUGGUUGAAAUGCCUUUUUCUGAACGACCCUAACUCACAAAUAAUCCGAAUGGAAGGUUGUGCUACUGUCUGAGGAGUCUGUGUGCUCCAGUGUUUGUAAUUGAGAUGUACUGAUACAGAAACCAUCUAACUAUUAGCAUUUAUUUUUUAUUUAUUGAAUAAUUAAGCCAAAUAAUGAAUAUAAAAGAGAAAACUGGCUUCGAAACUUCUUGCAGCAUUUGAAGCAUGCAUCUGCCUAAUAAACACUAAGUUCUAAAUGAGUCUUUAAAAGCAGGUAUGAAGUGAAUCACACAAGCUUUUGACCAGCUCGAGUGAUUUUUGACUGUUUGUCUGCAUUUUGAAUUUGUUGGAUGGUCCGAAUCCUUCACGACCGCUGCCAAAGUGUUCUGUGCAUAAGUGUCUGAUGGAGAUUUGUUUGCCUACGUGGUUUAUUAGAAGUCGAGGUGAAGGAGAGGACACGUGGAGAGGUGUGGAUGUCUCUGGUGUUUUUACAGCAUGCAGGGGAGUGAUCUGUUUCAGGGAUUUGUCUGAUCAUUUCGUGCAUAAUCAGUUCAGCACUGUGUUAUCAUGUUGUCC